CACAAACAAGUCUAUCCAUGUAGUUUGAAGAGCUGCGGUCUACACACAUCAGCAGUAGUCGUUGUGGACCUCAACGUACGGCGCUAACUCAGCCUGUCCAUGUAAACAACACCAAAGGAUGACAAUUGGACGUUUUCUCUCAUAGCUAUCGUUCUUUUCCUCAAUAUGGCACAGCCGGCGGAGAAAGCUUACUAUCGCUUUGUGGUGCUGUUCUUCAACUGCCUGUUGACAUUUGGCUCCUAUUUCUGCUUUGACAUCCCCAGUGUUUUGCAGGAUCAGUUCCAAGGGAACCUAACAUGCAAUGCAACAGUGAUCAAUGGGACAGUGGACUGUGUGGUGGGACUGGGGAUGACCCCUCAACAGUACAAUCUACUCUAUGCUAUCUAUGCAUGGACGAAUGCAGUAGUGGUGAUCCUAGCUGGUUUCCUGAUUGACAAAUUAGGAAACCGCUUCGGGGUGUUUCUGUUCUCCUUCUUGUGUGUUUUGGGCUCGUCCCUGUUUGCACUGGGUUCCCACUUCAGAGGAACUCCCUAUCUACUGCCGAUAAUGCUCACAGGCCGACUGCUAUUUGGAUCAGGCAAUGGAUCUUUGACCAUUGUUCAGAACCGCAUCACAGCCUUCUGGUUCAAAGGGAAGGAGCUGGCCUUGGCCUUUGGUCUGACUUUGGCUUUCUCUCGUCUGGGGUCAGUCCUCAACUUCUUCCUCACUCAGAAAUUUGAAGAACAAUAUGGCAUGCAGUGGACACUCUGGGGCGGUGCACUAUUGUGUGUGCUGGGCUUUGUAUCCGCCAUCAUCGUCAGCACCCUGGACAAAGUAGGAAUGAGACAGCUGGGUCUUGACGGUGCCAUCCAAGAGGAGUCUCGCAAAGUGAGAAUUCAGGAUGUGAAGCUCCUAUCGCUAAGAUACUGGCUGCUGGUUCUCACUAUCAUGUUCUUCUAUAAUGGCAUCUUCCCCUUCAUCGCAGACGCCAGUAAGUUCAUUCAGGAUAAGUACAAUGGCUACAGUCAGAAGGAGGCAGCCUAUAUCGCCGGGGCGGUUUAUGACAGUUCACUAGUCCUCUCAGCCAGCGUCGGCAUUCUCAUAGAUUAUGUGGGUCUGCGAGGGGUUUUUGCAGUGGCCUGCGCUGUCCUCACACUGCCUGUGUUUGGUCUCCUGGCCUUCACUUUCGUCCCUCCUCUGGUGUCCACCAUUUGGCUGGGAGUCACCUACUCCUUUGCUGCUGCAAGCAUGUGGCCGUCUAUUCCCCUUGUGGUACCUCAGGCGACUCUGGGAACAGCCAUGGGUCUGGCUACCUCCAUACAGAUGGUUGGGAUUGGGCUGUCCAAUCUGGUUGUUGGGCAGAUUUUGGGCACCAAGUCUAGUGAAACAAAGAUUCCAUUGUGGCGUUGGCAGAGGAUGAUGAUCUUCAUGUUGGCCAACACCAUCAGCUGUAUCAUCACAUCAGUGCUGCUCAACGUUGUCGACUACAGACAGGGCGGGAUCCUGAACAAUACGACUAAAAAAUCAGAGCAGGCAGAGAGAGACUCGGACAGAGAGCCGCUCAACCAGGGAGAGGAAGAGCAAAAUGAGGAUGAGGAUGAUGGCCCAGUCCGAUCUCGUUCAAUCAACUCAUGAGUUUUUCAUGUCAAAGGACCAACGUGUCAGUUUUAGGGAGAUCUGUUGGCAGAAAUGGAAUAUAAUAUUCAUAAAUAUGUUUUGAUAAGUGUAUAAUCACCUGAAAACAAGAAUCGUUAUGUUUUCAUUACCUUAGAAUGAGACCUUUACAUGUACAUAGAGAGUGGGUCCUCUUCCACGGAGCCCGCCAUGUUGCACUGUCAUGUUUCUACAGUAGCUCAGAACAGACAAAUCAAACACUCGCUCUAGAGAGGGCCUUUUAUGUUUUUGCGAGUUUCACGGCCACCGUAGGUUCUCCCACACGCUUGGAAGUGGAGUUGGUUGUAAUCUGCAACCUACUGCAAGAUGCCACUAAAUCCUACACACUAGCCCGAACUUUCCUCAAGUUUGAAUAUUUCUUUCUCUCUCCCCCUUUAUAUAUAUAUUUUUAUAGUUUUACAGUUUUCAGACAGGAUUCAGCUUAUUGUACUCUUCACUGAAACCACACUACGUUUCCAUAUUGUGUCUUUGGUUGCAGCAGGGAAAUGAAUCAACACAAAUCCGUUAAAUUGUAUUUACACCCAAACAGUAUCUGUACAUUAUAUUAAAAAAUCACCACAUAUUGCAGGCUUUUCCAAUAAUGUGAGUAAGUAGGAUUCCACCUACAAUUCUAACUAUCCUUUAAACUUUUUAAACUUUUUUUAAGCUAUAAUACAUAUAGCUAAUAAUGUUUUCUAAGCUGAAAUACUAUUUAUCCAUCACUCAGCUAUUGACUGUACUGCCAUAACUGACUGUGUGGACCUUACUGAGGUUACUGAACAAUUUUUAUGUCCUGUUUAAGUGCAUGCCACAGAAAUAUAAUGUCUGUUUUCAAUGUUUUGUUUUUUUGAUGAAAGGGUACGACUUGACAUCUGUAUGUUUGUGGCUAGAGACUUCAAUAUAUACUUGAAGAAGGGAAUUUGAUCUAUUUUACAUUGCCAAAACAGCAAAAAUAAAAUGCUGCUAAUUGUU